CAGGGUCACCUCCUUGUAAAUUGUGUGGUCAGAGUGUGAAGUAUGAGGGUCACAUGUUUGUGCCGUGUCUCAUUCAGACUGUAGAAACGUUGCUGCCACUGCGGGUUUCUUACAUUCAGACAUUACCGAGGAUUACCGAUCCGAUAUUUGCUGAUUAUUAAAUUAGUGCCCACUGCUGAACUGGCAGAGAGAGCAGGAGAGAGAGAGACUCGGGAAUAAAGGAGGGGGGAGAGACUAAAGAGACCCAGUGAGAGAGAGAGUCCUGGUCUUCAGUUGGAUUAUGGCUCCCAGGAGGAUGGAAACUAAACCGGUGAUCUUCUGUCUGAAGACGCUGCUGCUGCUCUACUCCUUCAUCUUCUGGGUGACAGGUGUGGUCCUGCUGUCGGUGGGGUUGUGGUGGAAGUUCAUGUUGGGCCCCUACAUGCUGCUGAUCUCCAGUGGCCCCUCCAACGCUCCGUACGUGCUCGCCGGUACCGGAGUCGCCAUCGUGCUGUUCGGACUGUUUGGCUGCUUCGCCACCUGCAGGGGGCGCCCCUGGAUGCUGAAACUGUACGCCGCGUUCCUGUCUCUGGUCUUUAUGACUGAACUCAUCGCUGGAAUCUCUGGAUUUGUCUUUCGCCACGAGAUUAAAGGGACGUUCCUCACGACGUACAGCGAAGCAGUGACGAGAUACGACGGGCGAGACGACAGGAGUCUGGCUGUGGACGGUGUUCAACGCAGACUACACUGCUGUGGAGUUUAUAACUACACCAGCUGGUUCAGCAGUGUGUAUUUUCCGGUCAGUGGGAUUCCUGCCAGCUGCUGUGUUAGUUUCUCUGACUGCAGCUCAUCUGACUUGAAGAACGCAACUCUGGCUGCUCGCAAAGUCCACAAACAGGGUUGUUAUGAGUUGGUGACGUCCUUCAUAGAGGGAAACAUGGGAAUCAUCGCUGGAGUUACCUUUGGCAUUGCCUUCUCUCAGUUGAUCGGGAUGUCUCUGGCAUGCUGCUUGUCUCGCUUCAUCAACGCCAACCAGUACGAGAUGGUUUGACAGAAAAGAGACGAUGUAGGUCACCAUGUAAACUCCGGGAGAGACACACAGCAUCUUGUAUAAACACGAAUCCCACCCACACUCUUCUUGUAUUUAUUGAAAUAUCUGAAUUUCUCAGACUUUUUGCCCUCUGCUCUUUGUUUCUCACUCCAGGAUUCAUUUUUUUCUGUUUUCUGUUGUGGCCUAAAAUGUCAGAUUUCACUGCAGAUACAUACAUCAACACAUGGUUUUCGUUGCUGCCCCCAAGUGGACAAAAAGAUAAAUCAGUUCAACACGUAGUUUCAGAUGCCGAAAUAUAGCCAAACCAUAAAAAAACAUGAUUUUUGUAAAAUAUGGGUCAUUUUUACAUGAAAAACAAACAAGCAUGUUACAUAUAAGCUUUUUUGUAAAAAAUGUAGAGGACUGAGCACAGAACCCUGCGGAACCCCACAGGUAAUUAUGAUGCUGAUGCUCUGCAAAAAAAUAGUUGCCAUUGUUUUGGUCAAAUUCAUUAAAGAAAUGGAAGGCAACUUGUUUCAGUGAGAAUAAAAUCUCUCAUAGUUUGUUGCAGAAAAGCUGCGGUGAUUGGACCGAAUUACAAGGUCACACAGGAUGAAUGCGGAUUGGCUGAAUUUGCUUUAAUCGUUUAGUUUUUUUUGCCACUUUCAUGAAGAUGAACUCUAGUCCUUUGUAUGAAACUCUUUUGUGGGUUCAGGUCAAGAAAUAAUUAAUAAUUAAUAGUAAAUAAAUUGAGAAUAAUGUCAUGGUGCCACCUUAGGGCGCCAAUCUGAAACGUU